AUGGCAGAACACAUAAAUUUUAGUUCCUCUUCACAGUUUCAGUCGCCAGAAAAUCCAAUUCCAGUAAACGACAAUCCUCCACAGUCAGUUUUUAGCUUUGGCACAGCACCUAGCGACAAUGCCCAGCGGUUAACUCAAAUACAGCAUAAUCCCGCGAAUAUAACUCCACGCGGCUUAGUAUGCUCAUUCCUCAAACAGCAUUCUUCCUACGAUGUCCUACCUGUUAGUUACCGACUUAUAGUGUUAGAUACCACAUUAUUAGUAAAAAGGGCGUUAACUGCCUUAAUGCAAAAUGGAGUCGUCUCAGCCCCUUUAUGGGAUUCGGCGAAUCAAAAAUUCGCAGGAAUGCUGACAGUAUCCGAUUUCAUGAAUUUAAUUCAAUAUUAUUACAAGAAUUCAUCAUAUUCUGCCGCAUUAGAGGAAAUAGAACAAUUUCAAAUACAACAGCUAAGAGAGGUGGAAAGACGAAUUAUCCCAGCUCCUCAAUUGCUAUCUAUAGAUCCACUCAAAACAUUAUAUGAAGCAUGUAAGCUGCUAAUAGAAGCACGUGCACACAGAUUACCGUUAGUGGAUGUGGAUUCUGAGACUAGUCAAGAAAUGAUUGUUUCUGUAGUCACUCAGUACAGAAUAUUGAAAUUUAUUGCAAUGAAUUGCAAAGAAACGAAAUUAUUAAGAAAGCCUUUGUCAGAAAUCAAAAUUGGCGUAUAUGAUAAUCUUGCAACCGCAAGUUUAUCGACGCGAGUCAUUGAGGUUAUCAAUACAUUUGUUGAGAGACGAAUAUCAUCCGUGCCAAUAGUAGACGAAAAUCAGGUGGUAGUCAAUGUUUAUGAAACUGUCGAUGUGAUGACCUUAGUUCGUGCUGGCGCUUAUUAUGGCAUUGAUUUACCUAUCGGUGAGGCAAUUCUCAAAAGAACAGAGGAUUUUCCGGGAGUUCACACUUGCACGCUUAAUGAUUCACUUUCCUCUAUUUUUGACUUGAUACGAAAGGCUCCGGUGCAUCGUCUGAUUGUCGUUGAUUCAGAAAAAUUCAUUGAAAUCUACGCAAAAGGAGAAAGUGCGACAGUUUAUGACAUUUACCAGUGCCAGGUAUUACUUUUAAGAUGUGUAAUGGACGAAAAAAUCGCCCUUCGAAAACUUAAAGACUUUAACUGGAACGUAGAAGUGGCAGUUGACGCUUUCUUUAAUGAUCAACCGGCCACCACUUCAUGGAAUAGGUUUGCUUCGCCAGCACCUUCAGGAGUUGAUACCAAUAAACUUAGUCUAAUUUUUAACCGAUAUAAAGAUAAAGAUGAAGAUGCCAUUCUUGUUGAUGGAAUGCUUCAAUAUUGCAAUGAUUUACGUGUUGCGCCAGAAGAUGUCGUGAUGUUGGUUAUAGCUUGGAAUUUAGAAUCAGAAAAAAUGUGUGAAUUUAAACGCCAAGGGUUUAUCAAUGGAUGGACAAAAUUAAAGUGUGACACAAUUGAAAAGAUGCGAGCUGCUAUACCAAGACUUCGACAAUCUUUAAAGGAAGAGACAACAUUCAAAGAGGUUUAUCAAUUCACAUUUAAGUUUGGGCUUAGUGAAAAUCAAAAAUCUUUGAAUCUGGAUAUUGCAAUCGAAUAUUGGCAACUUUUGCUACGAGACCGUUGGCCACAUCUUGACAUAUGGAUAGAAUUUAUUAAGGAAAAGCAUGGAAAAUCCAUUUCGAAAGACACGUGGAACUUGCUACUGGAUUUCAUUAGACAGGUCAAUCUAGAUCUGUCGAAUUAUGACGCCGAAGGUGCUUGGCCAGUUUUAAUUGACGAGGGUCCAUUCCCGACACUCAAAGUUUCAUAUGCUGGUGCAAUAGCCGUUAUUCAGGAAUCCAUAAUAAUUUUUGUUUGCUUCCGAACAAAGGUCCAUAAACAUCUUCCAAUAAAACGUCUUCAAAGAACUUUUGAUGCGAAAGGCACGAUAUUAGUUCCUCAGUAUAUCUGGUUUAUUAAAAUAUUUAUAACAACAGCGAACCCUGAACUCUUAGUGAAACGUAAUUUCAGAUUUACGAGUGCCACAAAAUUGGCAGCCCUCUCAGUUGCCGUAAGCUUGAAAAAAUCAUAUCUGCCUGUGAAAGCUUUUGGACAACCGAGUAAUUCAAAUCGUGAGAUACGCCAAAUGUUUUGGCUUGUCAACCUGAAUAAGACAGAAGGCGGCAGGUGUUUGCAAAGAUUUCAAGAGGAAUAUCUGUGGUGGAAAGACUUGUGCGUGACAACGAACAAGGUAUCUCAUGUUCUAGUAAACGUCAUUACCUCGCUCGUAUUACGAUUAGUCAUAGAAAUCAUGUGA